GAAGGGGAGAAGGACUUGUACCGACUUGCAAAACAAAGGGACCGUGCUGGAAAGGAUGUGCAACAAGUACGGACUAUUAGGAAUGUAAAUGGAAAUGUGUUGACAGACCAGUUGAGUGUACUGAAAAGAUGGAAGGAAUACUUUGAAAGGUUGAUGAAUGAGGAAAACGAAAGGGAGCAACGGGUGGAAGAGGUAGAUGAAGUAGAUCAAGAUAUACCACAAAUUAGCAAGUAUGAAGUGAGAGAAGCUUUGAAGAAGAUGAAAAAUGGAAAGGCUGUUGGUCCUGAUGAUAUACCGGUAAAGACAUGGAAGUGUUUGGGAGAGUUUGCG